AUGGGUGAGAAGGAGCAACAGUUAUCAUACCCAAUGGCACCCGCCAACGACCACGGCCGGAGCGACACGGAGGCGGGGGGCGCCGCCGCUAGUGAGCUGCACAAGAGGAAACGCACCCAAUGUUUAAUAUACAUCGGUCUACUCGCCAUUAUCCAAAUUGCGGUUGUUAUCGUAUUCUCUUUAACGGUGAUGAAAAUCAGAAACCCCAGAUUCCGCAUCCGCUCCGCCCAUCUCACCAACUUCAACGCCGGAACUCCGGCGAGCCCUGCAUUCACCGGGAAGUUGAACGCCGAGUUCUCCGUCAAGAAUGCCAAUUUCGGCCGUUACAAGUACAUGGACACCACCGUCGAUUUCGUCUACAGGGGAACGCGAGUGGGCGAGGUUUUUGUGCGCGAGUCACGCGCCGGUUGGAGAACGACGAAGAAGUUCAACGUUGCGGUGGAUCUGAGCUUGGCCAACGCGCGGGCGAAUCCUCAGCUGGCGAGUGAUUUGAACGCGGGGGUUGUGCCGAUAAGUAGCGAGGCUAGAAUGAGUGGGAGCGUGGAACUACUAUUCGUGCUGAAGAAGAACAGAUCAACUGGUUUGAAUUGCACCAUGGAAAUUGUGACUGCUACUCAACAAAUCAGGAAUAUUCUCUGCAAAUGA